AUGGUCAAAAGAGUUCACACCGAAGUUCUACUACUAUUACUGGAUCCUGCAGUCUCUCUGAGACACAAACCCCCACAAACCAUGGAGAAGUUGCGUAAAACCCUGGUUUGUGUCUCGGAGAGACUAGAGGCUCCAGAUUUCAACAACACCAACGACUUCUACAACAAUUAUAUUCUCCACUACAUUUACAACAACUACGACUUCCACCACAUCUGCAACAACUACGACCUCUACUACAUCUACACCAACUACGACCUCCACUACAUCUACAACAACUACGACCUUCACUACGUUUACGACCUCCACUACAUUUACAACAACUUCGACCUCCACUACAUCCGCAACAAGUACGACCUUCACUACAACUACGACCUCCACUACAUCUACUACAACUUCGACCUUCACUACAUCUAUCACAACUCCGACCUCCACUACAUCUACCGUACCUACGACCUUCACUACAUCUGCCACAACUACGGCAUCCACUACAACUACCUCAACUACGACCUCCACUACAUCAACAACAAUGACCUCCACUACACCUGCAUCAACUACAACCUCCACUUCAUCUACAACAACUGCGACCUCAACUACAUUUGUAACAACUACGACCUCCACUACAUUUUCAACAACUAUAACCUCCACUACAUCUAUAACAACGACGACCUCCACUACAUCAACAACAACAACAACUACGACCUCGACUAUACCUACAACAACGAUGAUACAUCUACAACAACUACGACCUCCACUACAUCUACAACAACUACGACUUGCUCUACAUGUGCAACAACUACAACCUCUACUGCAUCUGCAAAAACUACAACCUCCACUCCAUCUUCAACAACUACGAGUACAACAUCAACUAUUUCUACGACAACUACUACAUCCACUACAUCUACAGCUACUAUAACCUCAGCUACAUCUACAACAACGACGACCUCCACUACAUCAACAACAACAACUACGACCUCGUCUACAUCACCAAUUACGAGUACAACUUCAACUACUACAACAACUACGACCUCCACUACAUCUGCAACAACUACGACCUGCUCUACAUGUGUAACAACUACGACCUCCACUACAUCUGCAACAACUACCAGUAACACUUCAACUACAUCAACUACAACCUCUACUACAUUUGCAACAACUACAACCUCCACUUCAUCUUCAACAACUAAAAGUACAACAUCAACUAUUUCUACGCCAACUACUACCUCCACUACAUCUACCACAACUACGACUUCCACUACAUCUACAGCAACUACGACAUUCACUAUAUCUUCAACGACUACGACCUCGACUACAUCUAAAACAACGACGAGUUCAACUUCAACUAUUUCUGCAAUAAUAACUACGACCUUCACUACAUCUGCAACAACUACGACUUCAGCUAACUCUACAACAACUACGACCUCCACCACAUCUGCAAAAACUACGACUUCCACUACAUCUUCAACAAUUACGAGAACAACAUCAACACUUUCUACAACAUCUACGACCUCAUCUACAUCUACAGCUACUACGAUCUCCACUAUAUCUUCAACAACUACGAGUACAACAUUAACUAUUUCUUCCACAACAACGACCUCCGCUACAUCUGCAACAACUACGACCUCCACUACAUCUGCAACAACUACGACCUCCACUAUAUCUGCAACUACUACGACCUCCACUCCAUCUUCAACAACCACGAGUUCAUCAUCAACUAUUUCUACCACAACUACUACCUCCACUACAUCUAACACAACUACGACCUCCACUACAUAUACAGCAACUACGACCUCCACUACAUCAACAAUUACUAGUACAACCUUAAAUACUGCAACAACUACGACCUCCAUUACGUCUGCAACAACUACGACCUCCACUACAUCUGCAACAACUACGACCCCUACUACAUCCACAACAACGACGAGUACAACUUCAACUACAACAACUACAACCCCUAUUACAUCUGCAACAACUACAACCCCUACUACAUCUGCAACAACUACGACCUCCACUACAUCUGCAACAACUACGACCUCCACUACUUCUACAACAACUACCAGUACAUCAACAACAACAACUACAUCUUCCACAUCAAGUUCCACAACAAUGUAAAUACAUGACUCACGUAGUUAUUCGAUUUGAAGUAUAAAGGCAUUCUCCUUUUGUAUGAUGAAUGGUUCGAAUAGCUUAACAAAAUGAUGGUGGUGGUGAUGUUUCUGUUGAUGAAUAUAACCUCAGUUGAUUUUAGAAUAUACAAGUAAUUAGUGUGUAUGUGUG